GGGGUCUAGUUUCUGUGAGAAGUUUUAAUCAGGUUUUAAAUCAAAAUGAAGUCCUCCCUGGCUCCCGGUAUCCGGCUGAUAACGGCCUUUUCCCGGGACAGCUGGUAUCGUGGUUUCAUUCUUUUCCUCACAUUCCUCUUCUACACAGCCUACCAUCUGUCCCGGAAACCUAUCAGCAUCGUUAAGAGUGAGCUGCACAGAAAUUGUUCGACCGUUAUUCGACCAUCAAGCUUGAACAUAACCAAUAAUGAAACCUGGUGUGACUGGGUGCCUUUUGACCAGGACAACUAUCAGGCACUCUUUGGCAUCCUGGAUAACUGCUUCCUGGUUGCCUAUGCCAUCGGCAUGUUUAUCAGUGGCAUUUUUGGUGAACGCCUUCCUCUGCGGUACUACUUGAGUUUUGGGAUGGUAAUGAGCGGAUUGUUUACAUCUCUGUUUGGACUCGGCUACUACUGGAACAUCCACUCUUUAGGGUACUACGCCUUCGUCCAGGUCAUGAACGGACUCAUGCAGACCACCGGUUGGCCAGCUGUGGUGGCUUGUGUUGGGAACUGGUUUGGAAAGGGGAAGCGUGGAUUAAUCAUGGGCGUCUGGAACUCCCACACCUCGGUGGGAAACAUCUUGGGCUCCCUCAUCGCAGGAGUCUUCGUCUCCUCGGCGUGGGGGAUGUCCUUCAUCGUCCCUGGACUCAUCAUUGCCUUCACGGGGAUCCUGUGCUUCUUCUUUCUUGUUGAAAAACCUGAAGACGUGGACUGCACUCCUCCUCAGCAUCAUAGCGUUCAGAACAACAACGAGACAGAGCCUCUCCUGCGCAACUCGGUCAACGGGAACCAAAUCAUGAACGGUACCGUCAUCACGGACCAAACCAUGAACGGUACCACCAUCACGGACCACAUCAUGAACGGUACCAUCAUCACAGAGAUUCCAGAGACGGUGGAGGAGCACCCCGAGGCCAUAAGUUUCUGUGGGGCUCUUCGUAUACCUGGGGUGGUGGAAUUUUCACUCUGUCUGCUUUUUGCCAAACUGGUUAGCUACACCUUCCUGUACUGGCUUCCUCUUUACAUCUCAAAUGUUGCACAUUUUAGAGCAAAAGAAGCAGGAGACAUGUCAACAUUAUUUGAUGUCGGAGGAAUCUUGGGAGGAAUUCUGGCAGGCGUUGCUUCUGAUCUUACUGGAGGAAGAGCGACGACCUGCUGCGUCAUGCUGAUCGCUGCUGCCCCGAUGCUUUUUCUCUAUAACUACAUCGGACAAAAGAGCCUUGGCAUUACAGUUGGUAUGUUGUUAUUGUGUGGAGGCCUGGUGAACGGACCAUACGCUCUGAUCACAACAGCUGUGUCUGCUGACCUGGGAACACACGAGAGUCUGAGAGGAAACUCCAGGGCAUUAUCAACAGUGACUGCAAUCAUUGACGGGACUGGAUCCAUAGGCGCAGCGUUGGGACCUCUGUUAGCCGGUUUGAUUUCUCCAACUGGCUGGAACAACGUCUUCUACAUGCUCAUCUCUGCUGACGUCUUGGCCUGCCUGUUCUUGACCAGACUGGUCUACAAAGAAAUUCGAGGCUGGUGUGGACGUCCUUUCCCAAUCAGAGGGUUUAAAGAAAUCUGAAACCCAAAAUUCAAACAAACAACGAACCGAAACACCGAGGAGGGAAACGACUCAAACAUCCUCGUCUCACCGUCUGGUGAAUUAAAAUCAAGCCGGAAGAUUCGUGGUUCGGAGCUGACGG